AUGUCUAAUGAGAAUCGAUCAACAUUAAAUUUAGAUUCACUAUUUAGUGAAUCGAUAAAUAUUAAAUAUAAUUUUUCUAUUGUAGUCACGUUAUCUACAACAGAAUAUGACAAAAUUAAAUGGCAGCUUGAUCAUAUACCAGCAACAAUUACUGGCCCACCACGGCAACGCCUUCGUACUACAUUUAAAAAGAAAUUUCAUGAACAUGAAUUAGCUACAACAUAUCCACCUUUUCAACCGUCGAAUUACGAACAAUUUUUUAUAAAUUUUCGAACAACCGAUUCAACAUUACAUUAUCUUAUUGAACAAGUUAAAUCAUCAGCAAUAUUUACACUUGAUACAGAAUCAAUAAUUAUUCCUUAUAAACCGAACAAACCAGCAUUGAUUCAAAUUCAAAUUAUUUUAUCUUAUUCAUUUUCAUAUGUAAUUUUUAUUGAAGUUUGCCAUUUGCCACCUACAAAUCAACCAACGUUCCAACUAAUCCAAACAUGCUUUCAAACAUUAUUUGAUGUUGAUAACAAGAUUUUUAUUUGGGGAAAUAAAAAUGAACUCGAUGCUUUUCUUUCUUUUAAUCUAUUUACACGUGAUGAUAUUAAUUUAUUCAAGGAUAAAAAUCUUCAAGGUGAAUUUAAAAACUACUGGAAUAGAAAACAUCCACAUCAAUUAAUAUCUUCAUCAUCAACAAAUGAUUCAGAAUGUAUAUGUGAAUCAUGUUUAGAAUUACAGUCUAACAACACUUGA